CGCGUUCACCGAUUGACUCUCUCUGGUUAAAAUAAAAGUCCACAGUUAUGGAAAGUAACCACGGCGAUUUACAGAGAUGCCACGUGGCACGGAACGCUCUCCUUUUUCUUCCUCGUGUUGAUAUUUUUGUCCCCUUUUGGUGUGUUUCCCCUUCACAAGGCGCGAUUUGAGUCGCCCUCGCAUUUCAAACCCUUCUUCUUCUCCGGCGCAUACCUUUUGCUCUCUCUCUCUCUCUCUCGUUAACAACCCUAGUUUCGUCUUCAGAGCUUUGUGUACUUCGCCGUAAUUAGCGAUGCUUCCACACUCGUACACCGUCGAUUCGCUUUCGCAAUCCCAAGACCUAGCGUCGACUAUACUCGCAGCUUCCACGCCGCCGAACAUCUCCGCUGCUUGCUCUUCCGUUGAAUCGUUUCUUCACGCACAUACGCCUGAUCAGUGUCGCCAUUUCUUCUCUAUCACUUUUCCGAGUUUAAUCUGUAAGAUCUUCGGCUUCGGCGACCCAACCGCGGCACAGUCUCCGUCGUUACGGCCGAACGGUUGGAUCGAUGUAGUCUCGGCGGCUAACGAUUUGGAUUUAGCGGAAAGAGUGUUCGCUCUCUUAUCCCCUAGUGGUAUACUCAUGAGCUCAAUCUUUGCUGUUGAUAAAUUGUCUCUUGUUAAGUACGUUUUCCCGACGGAACGUUUACCGGAGUAUGCUCGAUUCAUGCUCUCCAGCGAGAAGGAUCGAAGUGCGUUAUCUAAUCUGUGCCCCUUUUUGAAAGACAAAAUUGAGGAGGAUUCACUUCGGGGUUCAUCUUAUGAAGUUAGGCUAAAUGUUUUCGAGUAUUACAUGUUUUGGCUCUCUUAUUAUCCGGUUUGUAGAGGCAACAAUGAAACUUCAUCUGUGAUUCCUAUCCAAAAGAAAAAUAUGUUUAGGCUACAGAAUUGGACACAUAUGAAAGGUUUUCCAGGGAGUAACAAGCGUGACCCAGAUCAGAAAUUGGAGUGUAAUAUCUACUUAAGGCUUCUUUACUCAUAUCUGAAAGCUUUUGUUCCUGUUUUCGACUUAAAUGCACACCAGCCUUAUCGUAGCUCUCUUUUGCAUUACGGACAUGGGUAUGAUGGGUCAGUAAUGACGAGAGCUGAGUUCUUGGUAAAUGUGUUCGUGCAUUAUUGGCUGGUUGAGAAUGACUUCUCACCGUUUCCUGUUGUUACGGCUAAAUCUUUUGGUGUGGCUCCUCCUUUCCGUUCUGCUGUGGAGGAGAUUCCACCUACUUGUGGGUUGGAAGAAGUAGUGAAGUUGCUUGUCAAGUAUCUGAAUUUGAGCUGGGUUACAAGUGGUGUUGGGAGUGAAAACUACGUUGAGUCUGGCGAGAGUCCACGGUGGAAGACUCCGACUUCAGGAUCAUCAUUCCAUGUUGCCAAUUUGAGCCUCAGACCGCUCACUUCUUGGAAUACUCAUUUACAGAGGCCGCUCUAUCGUUAUAUUUUGAGGAGUUUCUUGUUCUGUCCCAUAGGAAGCUCAAUUAAGAAUGCGUCUCAGGUGUUCUCCAUUUGGGUUAUGUACCUGGAACCAUGGAUUAUCAGUUUAGACGAUUUCUCAGAUCUUGAAGCUUCUUUAAAUGGAUCUUUAAAAGAUGUGAAAAAGGAAGAGUCAUAUGAAUUACGCGAUUGUGGAUACACGUCUUUGUGGCAGAGCUAUGUGAUAUCUAAUUAUCUCUACUACAGUUCUCUGGUCAUGCAUUUUAUUGGCUUUGCGCACAAGUUCCUUCAUACAGAUCCAGAAAUAAUAACUCAGAUGGUUCUGAAGGUAAUGAGUGCAUUGACUUCGUCAAAAGAGCUUUUGUUUCUGAUGAAGAAUAUUGAUAAAGCCUAUCACACCAAACAAACUGGACCAGGAAAUUCAAAAGUGAACGAAUUCUCGAGAUUUGCUCCAUCUAUUCGUGAGCAGUUGAAGGAUUGGGAAGAUGGGUUGUGUGAGAGCAACGCUGAUGGUUCAUUCUUGCAUGAAAACUGGAACAAAGACUUGAAACUCUUUAGUGAUGGUGAAGAUGGCGGACAACAACUGCUUCAGUUAUUCAUACUACGGGCAGAAGCCGAACUGCAAACUGUAUCCGAUAAAAAUAACACAGAGGCCCUUAAGUGUGUAGAUUCACUAAAAUCAGCGGUUUCAAACUUCUUUGGCGGGCAUGUUGUAAAACCAAUUGCUUUUUCCCUAGAGCCGGACCAUCCCCAGAGGAACCGUGACGAGCUCUUCAAGCCGCGUGGUGCUGGCAAUCAAAUAGCAGGCAGUGUGAAGUACAAAGGGGACUGGAUGACCCGUCCCAUAUCAGAAGAUGAGGUUGCGUGGAUGGCUAAGCUUCUAAUCAACAUCUCAAUCCGGCUCAAUGAUCGUCUUGGGCUAAACCAAUCGGAGACCAACAAAGACAAGAAAGAGAAUUCAGAGUCGGUGUCAUAUGUUGACGUAUCAGGGGAAGAUGUGAGAAGCAUUAGCGGAGCUGGAGAUGCUGCGAAGAUGCUGUUGCGAGGGAUGGUGAUGGUAUGUGGUAUGGUGUUGCAGCUAAUGAAAAGAUUCGGGGUUCGAGUCAACCUCCGGGUCAUGGCGUCCAAAAAGUGUCUGAUGCUUUUAUUCCUCUAUAUCUUGUUUCUUGGUCUCAAAAGGAUUGUAACUAGAAUGAUUUCGUAGUGUCUGGAUGCUAAAGUAUAAGGAAAUAGACCCUCUAAGUUGCAUAGAGGAUUUGAUAGGAAUUGCAAAGCUUAUUACGAAACAGGGACAAGUUUUUCGGGUAUUUA